CAGCAUCCCGCGCGCCGCUGGUAAAUAGAGCUGUCAAACAACAUCGACGCCAUUUCGACAACAGCUUUAAAAUGGCAGUAAAAUACAGAGCGAGGAUCGUUCCUCACUGAAUAAGAAGCGACGCGCGCUUCUCACGAACACAGACGCGCUUUAACGGACUUUGGAAGACGCCCCGCGGUCACGCGAUGGAUAUCAGCACCGCGGUGUUUAACGCGGCGAGAGACGGGAAACUGAAACUCAUCCAGAAGUUACUGAGCAACAAAAGUCCGGAGGAGCUGGAGGCGCUGGCGGAGGAGAAGACGCAGGGAGGCACGCCGCUGCUCAUCGCCUCGCGCUACGGACACCUGGAGGUGGUGGAGUACCUGCUGGAGCACUGCAAGGCCGGCGUGGAGCUCGGGGGCGCCGUCAGCUUCGACGGAGAGACGAUAGAAGGCGCUCCGCCGCUGUGGGCGGCCUCCGCCGCGGGGCACCUGCCGGUGGUGAAGACGCUCCUGAAGCACGGGGCCUCCGUCAACAGCACCACCCUCACCAACUCCACCCCGCUGCGGGCCGCCUGCUUCGACGGACACCUGGAGAUCGUGCGCUACCUGGUGGAGCAUCACGCGGACAUGGAGGUGGCCAACCGGCACGGUCACACCUGCCUGAUGAUCUCCUGCUACAAGGGCCACAAGGAGAUCGCCAGGUUCCUGCUGGAGCGCGGGGCCGACGUCAACCGGCGGAGCGUGAAGGGCAACACCGCUCUGCACGACUGCGCCGAGUCCGGCAGCCUGGAGAUCACGAAGAUGCUGCUGAAGGGCGGCGCGAGGAUGGAGCGGGACGGAUACGGCAUGACCCCGCUCCUCGCCGCCAGCGUCACCGGACACACCAACAUCGUGGAGUACCUGCUGCACCAGCCGCGCGCCGCCCGAGAGCCCCGCAUCGACGCGCUGGAGCUGCUGGGGGCCACCUUCGUGGACAAGAAGCGAGACCUGCUGGGAGGCGUGCGCUACUGGAGGAGAGCCAUGGAGCUGCGGCAGGGCGAGAAGAGCCUGAGCAAACCGGCCCCGGGGCCACCGGUGCCAGCGUACGACUGCGCCCGCGAGGUGUGUACGGCCGAGGAGCUGGAGGCGCUGGUCACUGACCCGGACGAGAUGCGCAUGCAGGCGCUGCUGAUCCGAGAGCGCAUCCUCGGGCCCUCGCACCCGGACACGUCCUACUACAUCCGCUACCGCGGGGCCGUCUACGCCGACUCGGGCGACUUCGAGCGCUGCAUCCGUCUGUGGAAGUACGCUCUGGACAUGCAGCAGAGCAACCUGGACCCGCUCAGCCCCAUGACGGCCAGCAGCUUCCUGUCCUUCGCCGAGCUCUUCUCCUUCGUGCUGCAGGACCGAGCCAAGGGCACGCUGGCCGCCCGGGUCACCUUCCAGGACCUGAUGGGUGUUCUGGGGAAGAGCGUGCGUGAGGUGGAGCGGGCCGUGGCGCAGCGGGACAGUCCUCCGGAGACGCCGCAGUUCACCAAAGCGCUGUCCAUCAUCCUGCACCUGCUGUUCCUGCUGGAGAAGCUGGAGUGUGCCCCGGAGCAGGAGCACCAGAAGCGGCGGACCGUGUACCGGCUGCUGAAGCUCAGCCCGCGGGCCAGGAGCGGCUACACACCGCUGCACAUGGCUGUGGACAAGGACACCACGUCGGUGGGCCGUUACCCGGUGGGGCGGUUCCCGUCUCUGUCCGUGGCGCGUCUGCUGCUGGAGUGCGGCGCUGACGUGGACUCACGCGACUGCGAGAACAACACGCCGCUGCACGUCGCCGCCGCUAACGGCUGUCCGGAGAUCAUGGCGGCGCUGAUCCGGGCCGGAGCGCACUUCGACGCCACGAACGCUCAGCGCAAGACGGCCUACGAGCUCCUGGACGAGCAGAGCAGCGGGCGGCACGCGCUCCACCCGCUCAGCUACGUCACGCUGCAGUGUCUGGCGGCCCGCGCCGUCGAGAGACACAGACUGCCCUACAGAGGGCUGAUCUCAGAGGAGAUGGAGGCCUUCAUCGAGCUGCACUGACCCCAGCAAUAAUCCUGACCUCUUCUGUCCUUCUUCCUCUGUGUGCAGGAAGUGCUGCCUCUCUCUGUUCUUGUCUUUGAGUGACAGGUCGAAGGCUUGUUCAGGGCUCGUCAUGAACUGUGUACGGUCGAGAGGCCGGUCAGAGCGUUCAUGUGUCCGGCGCAGAACUGAAAUGCAACAGAAGUUUAACCGUCUCUUAUGAAGUGUCAUAACAGCUGUUCAGUUCUGUAUUAUUCUCUCUCUGUGAUGCUGACGGACUCUGAAGCCCACGGUGCCAAACGCUAGCCUUACACGAUCAUCUCUGAAUGUGUGUGUGGCCGUGAUUUUAAUGUGUUUUUACUGAGCGACUGGCUCUGUGCUCUCCUUUCUUUGGGGAUUUGACUGUAACGUAUAGAACUUGGCACUUUAUCCACUGUAAAUAUGAAAAGCUGUCUUUGAAUGGCUGACCUUACAUCGAUAUCUAUGCAGUUUAUUAACAGGUGGAUUUGGGGUGACAGAUUUGGCAACCCGAGCUGUUUUUGUGUGGGUUUUUUUUUUUUUUUUUUGCUGGAGUUCUGUGAAAAGCUUCAUAUGCAUUGAAGUCUUAUUCUGAUUGCCUUUAAGUGAAUUGUUCUUGGUGAGGUUUCAUGUUUGAGAUGCUGUUUCUCUGUCGGCCGGUCUGUCGUUGUAAAUGCACCCGUGAAGCACUUUGAAAAUCUUAACACUUUGUUUAAGCUCUAAAACCAGAGAAACUACAGCUGAUUUGGUUAAUUUAAGACAUGUAUGGUGAUGCCUGAAUAAAACAAGUGUCCCGUC